UACUUCAUCUCUCAUUUACAUAUUCCAAAGAUUAUUACUUGUAUUAUUUGAGACCUUUGGCGUAAUAUAAAGAGAGAUUUGAGGUCUGUCAACGGAGGAAAUCAUAAAUCUGCUUUUUUGGCGAAUUCCCUCACAGGAUGCAGCAAGUGUUUAAAAUGAAGCUUCGAUUUAUACUUCUACAAGAUUAGGAGAGUUCAGAAACUUCACCUGUUGGAUCUUCAAACAGCUUGUCUGAAAAUGGCUGGAACCACCAGAAAUUUCACCAGAGAGUGCAUUGACAGUUCCCGAUUCUUAUCUCCGUUAUCGUCUGCCUUCUCCGAACUGGUAUUGAUCGUUCUACUAUACAUUCAUGCCCUGCUAUCCUACUUGGUACAUAAGUUUGCUUGCCACCGCAAAUUGCCACCCCCGUGUAUUUUAUGUUCAAAGUUUGAUAGGAGGAGACCAGACUUCUAUAGAGGCCUAUUUUGUAAUGCUCAUCAGCUAGAGAUUUCAUCAUUAACAUACUGUCGUGUUCACCAAAGGCUCGCUGAUGGCCAUGACAUGUGUAAAGCCUGCCUUCUUUCAUUUGUGGGCAAAGUUAAAGGGACAAAUAUUGGCUUAGGUGCCAAUAAGUUGAAGAAGUUUUGUUCAUGUUGUUCAGUGUCAAUUAAGAAUAGGUCUAAAGCAAUUUAUAAUGGAGGUGAUAGUCGUUUUGACCGACUGUCUAAAAUCGGGCGCAAUGAGCUAAAGUCUGAAAUGGAGACGGAAGUUCCUUUCUCUGGAGUUGGUGAUGUUAAGGAAGAUUUAUUGUCUAGAUGUUUAGAAGCAGCACCCAUGGCCAGUGUACAAGAGAAGCUGAUACAAACUCCUUCGGUCAUGCCUAAUAUUUCGAUUUCUGUUCCUGAAAGGAAAAUUCAAGCAGAUGUUUCUCAUGGUCUGGAGGAAACUAUUUGGAAUCAGGUUGAAGUGAAACCUAAUAUUUCUGUAUCGUCUGAUAUUGUGAUCGAACAAGUCCCUGCAGAAGCUUUGAUCACAAAAUUUGAUGUUCCAGAUUCAAACGGAGACUCUGUCAAAGCCUCGAAUUCAUCUGACAUCGCAUCGAGAACAAGCCAAAUAAUGAAUGAAAGGCUUUCCUCCAUUAAGGCCCCUCUGCCAUCUCCGGCGUCCUGCGAUUUACUUGCUGCCAGAGAAUCUUCAAUAGUUCCUGAAGAUAUUAAAUCGCGACUCUCGCAGAUAUCUAGUUCCCGAUGGCUUGAUUUCCCCUGGAAUGAUAAUUUCACUCCCAAAGCAAAUGGACAAGGCGAUGAAUCCAAAUUAUCUGAUGCUAAGAGAUCCUCAGUUGAUAGAAAUGAAUCAGUUGUAGAGUAUUUAGAUGGAAGCUUCAUAAGUGAAAUCGAAGGAGAAAGUUUGGAAGAUCGUCUCAAGAGACAAAUUGAACAGGACAGAAAAUUAAUGAGCGUUCUUUACAGAGAGUUAGAGGAAGAAAGAAAUGCUUCAGAGAUUUCUGCGAACGAAGCAAUGUCAAUGAUUAAUAGAUUGCAGGAGGAGAAGGCGACUAUACAAAUGGAAGCAUUGCAGUAUCUAAGGAUGAUGGAAGAACAAACUGAGUACGAUCAAGAGGCUCUUCAAAAGUUAAAUGAGCUUCUAGAUGAGAGGGAUAAAGAUAUAAUAGAUCUUGCUUCGAUGGUUGAGAGCUAUAGGAAGCAGUUUGGUGGCAAACCAUUGAUGAGCAGAGAUUCAGAAGAGCAAUUUGAUUGUGAAGAAAAGGAAAACACUGAAAAUUCUGUUAGCACGCCGUGUUUCAUGAGACCUGGAGGCUGUGAGAAUGGAAAAACUCUGAUGAGAAACACAGUGUUAGAUUUUGAAGAUGAGAAGGUUCAUAUAUCAGAAUGCUUGAAAAAAUUGGAGAGAAAGCUUAAACUAGUUUCUAGUAGUGGAGCAUUUGCUGCUGAGUCUGAGCUUUACAGAGAACCGAUUUUGGAGGAAGAUGAUGAGGGUGAUGAUGAUCAUAAACUCCUCCAACAGCACAAUGUGACUGAAGCAAAUAGCGAAAAGAAAGAAAAGCUAUUUUCACCUAGAGUAAGCUCAUUUGUUAAAGUAAGCUCUACUUCCUCGUUUGUAGGCCCCUUCUCAAUAAAAGUAGCUCUUAGAGAGAGUAGAUUGCGCUCUCUGUCCUCAAACGGAAGGCAAUUUAUGGGAGGUCAAAGAAAUGAUAUAGCUUCUCUUGGCAAUGAAAUUUCCCAAUUAAAUGUGAGGUUGGAGGCACUUGAAGAGGAUAGAAGCUUUCUUGAGCAUGCUGUUAGGUCUCUUAGAAAUGGAAGCAGUGGAAUACAAUUUGUUCAAGAGAUAGCUUGUCAUCUACGAGAAUUACGGAAAAUUGGAAUUACUACUCCAAGAGCGUAGUGUUACUUGAAGCCUCUUAGAUCCAUUGAUUGGUAUAUCUUUGCAAAAGGUUCUACCAGCAUUCAAUUAUGCAUUUCCUUUUCAAGUUCCAUCCUCACAAGAUCUCCAUGUUAUUUAAUUUUCAAGGUUUCAAUCAAAAGACAUUCCAGCUCAGUCUCGGUGUUGAGUUCCUGUGAUGGUCUGUAUAAACUCACAAAAAGUGGAGACACUCGCAGUUAUCUGUUUCAUAUUGUGGGCGUGGCAUUAUAAUUUCAUGUUUCCCUUGCUUUAGAUGAUUCAGUGCCGUACUUCAUAUGGUGUUAUACACGUUUGGUGACAAGAGUCUCAUGAGUUGUAAAAACCAGCAGUCUGUAGAUCACAUUGACAGACAAGGAAUGCAAAAGGAAACAAAGAUGACCGGCGCUCUUAGGGUGCGAGGCGAAUUUGGCAGUUGUCAGAAUCGAGGCUCAAAAUCACAGCGUGGAAGCCAUCGUGGUGCAUGACGGUGAUUUCGUCAUAUCGGACUUCCAUUGCAAUUGGGUGUGGGUUUGGGGUGAAGGACAAUAAUGUAGUCGCCAAAGUUCCUCGAGUUGGAUAGAUUGUGGUGAUCAGUUGUUAUUAGUUAAUGAAGAAAUGAGUGAACUGGUAGAAGUGGUAUAAAUGUUAUGGGAUGUUAUUGUGCAUGCGCGGGAUUAAUAUCUU